UCUGAAAUUUUUUUGUCACCAACUUCAUCAUAACAAUUGGACAAGUCACAAAGCUACACAGUCUCUCUCUCUCUCUCUCUCUCACUGUUAGAGAAACAGAAACAGAACAGCUUAGAGGUUGUUGCUAGGCAAAUGCAUGAUUAACCCAAAUUAGCCCCAGCCGUUGAAUCCCGCGUAGACUCUCUUCUUCUUCGCUGUCCCUCUCUCUCUCUCUCUCUCUCUCUCUCUCUCUCUGUGUUUUACAGAAGGUCACAAAGUAACCAUCUUUCCCCAAUUUAUGUUCUUUCUCAACGACCCAUUUUGACUGAUUCUGCUAUUUCAUUUCAGCAGCGACCCGAAAAUUCCCAAACACCUAGACUUUGUGGAACCCAUUUGAAUUUGGCUCCAGGUCCUUGUCUGAAUUUGAUCGGGGACACCCAGAUUGGAAGGUCAAGCUCAAUCAAGAACCCUAGACCUGUGUGACCAAGUCAAGCCCCAAAAGAGGACGAAACCGAGCAUCUGGGGCCAAUCCAAGUUGACCCAAUCGGGGUCGAAAUUUCAAGGAAGGAGAGGAUAUUACCAAGACCCUGAUCGGAUUCAGAAACCCUAGUUCUCUGAAAGGGAGCAAGGUAUUUGAAUUCAUUCUGAUGAGGAGAAAAUCAAGAAUCUUGGGUUAGACCCAGAUGCGGGAGUGCUCCAGAGACCCCUAAUUCUGCUUGAAAAGUUCAAGUGCUCUCUGUGCUUGUUGAUUUCAUGGAACCGCCAUUGUCAAGCUUGAUCUUUGUGUUCAUCAUUACCAUAUGUGCUCUUCUGGUUGAUUCUCAAUCCCAAAAUGUCAACUCACCGCCUCCGCCUCCGCCUCCCCCACCGCCUCCGCCACCGCCGUCACCAUCUCCACCGCCACUGCUACUGGAAUCUUCAUCCUCACCACCUCCGCCCCAUUCGCAGACUCCACAACCUAAACCAGACUCUUCCACAGCACAACCUCCGCAGGAAUCUCAAAGUCCACCCCCGCCACCUGCUCGGCCCCCAAAUCACUCCAAUAGACCACCAUCGCCUCGCAGCCGGCACAACAAGCACCACCCGCCACCUCCACCGCCUCGUAAGGGGCACAAUUACAAUGCAGGGAAGAAGGUUGGGCUCUUGUUUGCCGGUAUUGCUGCCAUUCUUCAGAUUGGUGUAGUUGGGUUCUUGGUUUUCAAAAGGAACCAGCUUCUCAAGGUCAGGGAUAGAUAUGAGAAUUGUUCUUGAAUAUUAAGUAUCGGAUUGCUUACACAUUCUUUUGUUUGGAUGAGAGCACUGGUUUGAAAGUUCUUUGAUUAGCUGGUUAUACUGGGGCUUUAAUUGAAUUGAGAUUCUUUUGUGAGGCGCGGACAGUGUAUGAAUUGAGAUUGAUGGAUAUGAACUUCGAAUGGAUCCAGCUUCGCUGGCUCCAUUCUGCCCCCUCCCGGUUGCUCUGUAAAUUGGUUAUUGUUGCUUGUAAUUUUUUCUUCAUGUUUCUUCAUUAUGUUGAUUUUUUUAUGUUCUUUUAGCUUGUCUACACGGCUUACAAUUUGAAGUAGAAGAAACCAUUUUAGGCUUUGUGUCAUGAAUGACUUUUUUUUUCCUUGCUAACUUUGACAAUGUGAAUGUAUAACAAGAUUCAUGGAAGAAUUACAAUGACAAGAUCUAGUUUCUCAUUU